AGUCAAGUUUUCUGUCCAUUGCAAAGUAAAUGUUACUUUUUCCAAAAUGCGUUCUUCUGAUAGUGAUAUAGCAGCUACGGCAAAAAAAACGAAAAUCAGCAAAUUAAAAGUUAUGCAAAAAUACAAACCCGAGUGGGAAAAACAGUACGGAUGGGUAACAAGUGAUUCCCAAAAUAAAACUAAUGCAAGGUGUACAAUCUGUGCAGUGAAUUUUACAAGCGGUUCAGGUGGCAUUGGCCAGAUUAAGCAACACCAAGAAACUCCAAAACACAGGUUUAAAGCUGAAGCCAAAAAAAACGGACGGAGUGACGGAUGUAUUAGGUCCCUAUUCCGUGGAAAGUGUAAUAAAUGAUUUGACAAAGAUAUAUUUUUCCGUAUUCAGACAAAUGCAUCAAACAAAAAGAACAUUAAAAUCUUUCCUUUGGUGAUACAAUAUUUUUCCAUACCUAAAGGAAUCGAACAAAAACUGUUAGAAAAUUCUAAUGAAUCCGCCGAUGGUAUGUUUGAAGCUAUUAAGAAGUCUAUGAACUCUUUAAAACUGUCACUCAACCAAGUAUCGGGACUAAGUGCUGACAAUUGUAAUGCAA